UCCAGACGCGCUUUACCCAGUGCAGAGAGAGGGGCUCCGUGUUCCGCCUCCGUGGAGUAUUUGGGAUUGGAGAGAGAGAGAGAGCACACACACACACACACACACACACACACACACAUAUACAUACACACGCACACACACACACACACACACACACUCACACGCACACAGAGACCAUCUGCAGUGUCAAUGCGGCGCCUGCUCUGAAGACUGAAGUGGGGGGAAAAGGAGAGGAAUUAAAAAAAAAAAAAAAAAGAAAAGAAGAAAAGAAAAAGAAAAGAGAGAUCCCCAAAGCAAGCGAGGAGCCUGCCCAGGACAAAAUCUGCCAGGGAAUUGGUGUUUUGAAGACACUUACGGCUUUCAAUCCUCGUUCCCUUGGGAAUACAAACUUUUCUAAUCAUGUCACUGGCCAUGUGGAAAUGGACUUGCCUGGUUUCUCACCUCCUGCUAUCUGCCACAGUGUCGUCUCUUGCUAAGCAGCAGCCGUCCCACCCAAAGAGGCCCUUCAUCACUUUCACUGGAGACCAAGCAGAGGGAACCUUUAAUCACUUGGUGGUUGAUGAAAGAACUGGGCACAUUUACUUGGGAGCUGUCAACAGGAUCUAUAAACUUUCUAGUGACUUGAAGGUCCUGGUGACACAUCAGACUGGUCCUGAUGAAGAUAAUCCCAAGUGUUAUCCUCCUAGGAUAGUUCAAACUUGCAAUGAACCUUUGACGCCCACUAACAACAUCAACAAAAUGCUCCUCAUAGACUACAAGGAAAAUCGAUUGAUAGCCUGUGGGAGUCUUUAUCAGGGCAUCUGUAAGCUUUUGAGGCUGGAUGAUCUCUUCAAGCUGGGAGAGCCCUUCCACAAGAAGGAGCAUUACCUCUCUGGAGUGAACGAGAGUGGCUCUGUUUUUGGAGUCAUUGUUUCUUACAGCAACAUGGAUGACAAGUUGUUCAUUGCCACUGCUGUGGAUGGCAAACCAGAAUAUUUCCCCACUAUUUCCAGCAGAAAACUCACCAAAAACUCUGAGGCAGAUGGGAUGUUUGCUUAUGUCUUUCAUGAUGAGUUUGUGGCAUCUAUGAUCAAGAUCCCCUCAGACACCUUCACCAUCAUUCCCGACUUUGAUAUCUACUACAUCUAUGGCUUUAGCAGUGGUAACUUUGUCUAUUUCCUAACUCUGCAACCUGAGAUGAUUUCACCACCUGGUUCCACUACAAAGGAGCAGGUUUAUACCUCGAAGCUGGUUCGACUGUGCAAGGAGGACACAGCCUUUAAUUCCUAUGUUGAGGUGCCCAUUGGCUGUGAGAAGAACGGGGUGGAAUAUCGGCUGCUUCAAGCAGCCUACUUGUCCAAGGCCGGAGCUAUCUUAGCGAGGUCUUUAGGUGUCAGUCCUGAGGAUGAUAUCCUCUUCACAGUCUUCUCCAAAGGUCAGAAGAGGAAGAUGAAGUCCUUGGAUGAGUCAGCUCUUUGCAUCUUUGUCCUGAAAAAGAUCAAUGACCGCAUCAAGGAUAGACUGCAGUCCUGCUACAGGGGUGAGGGGACAUUAGAUCUGGCCUGGCUCAAAGUCAAGGACAUUCCCUGUAGCAGUGCGCUGUUAACAAUUGAUGACAAUUUUUGUGGCCUGGAUAUGAAUGCCCCCUUGGGAGUAUCGACCAUGGUGCGGGGGCUCCCCAUUUUCACUGAAGAUGGAGACAGAAUGACGUCUGUGAUUGCCUAUGUCUACAAGAACCACUCCCUAGCCUUUGUGGGCACUAAGAGUGGGAAGCUCAAGAAGAUCCGUGUGGAUGGCCCCACCAAGAACACGCUGGAGUAUGAAAUUGUGCAGGUGGUGGAUUCUGGCCCCAUAUUACGGGAUAUGGCCUUUUCAGUGGACCACGAACACCUGUACAUUAUGUCUGAGAAGCAGCUCACCCAGGUGCCUGUGGAGUCGUGUAGCCAGUACGAGACCUGCAGUGAGUGCUUGGGCUCAGGUGACCCUCACUGUGGAUGGUGUGUUCUUCACAACACGUGCACAAGGAAGGAGCGAUGUGAGCGCUCCAGCGAGCCUCGGAGAUUUGCCUCGGAGAUGAAGCAGUGCGUCCGGCUUACUGUGCAUCCCAACAACAUCUCUGUCUCCCAGUAUAAUGUACUGCUAGUUUUGGAGACCUACAAUGUCCCCGAGCUGUCAGCAGGAGUUAACUGCACCUUCGAGGACCUGUCAGAGAUGGAUGGCUUGGUGGUGGGCAGUCAGAUCCAAUGCAUCUCACCAGCUGCCAAAGAGGUGCCCCAAAUCAUCACAGAGAACGGAGACCAUCACAUCGUCCAGCUCCAGCUUAAGUCCAAGGAAACGGGUAUGACUUUUGCCAGCACCAGCUUCGUCUUCUACAACUGCAGCGUCCACAACUCGUGCCUGUCAUGUGUAGAGAGCCCUUACCGGUGCCACUGGUGCAAAUACCGCCACGUCUGCACUCAUGACCCCAGCUCCUGCUCCUUCCAGGAAGGACGAGUCAAGCUGCCAGAGGACUGUCCCCAGCUGCUGCAGGCAGAGAAGAUCCUGGUGCCGGUAGAAGUGAUCAAGCCGAUCACACUGAAGGCCAAGAACCUGCCCCAGCCACAGUCGGGCCAGCGAGGCUAUGAAUGCAUCCUGAACAUCCAGGGCAACGAGCAGCGAGUGCCUGCCUUGAGGUUCAACAGCUCCAGCGUGCAGUGCCAGAAUACAUCGUAUUCGUACGAAGGGAUGGAGAUUAACAGCCUGCCGGUGGAGCUGACGGUUGUGUGGAACGGGAAUUUCAACAUUGACAACCCAGCACAGAACAAAGUGCACCUAUACAAGUGUGGGGCAAUGCGUGACAGCUGCGGCUUGUGCCUGAAGGCCGACCCGGACUUCGAGUGCGGCUGGUGCCAGGGGCAGAACCAGUGCACACUGAAGCAACACUGCCCGGCCCAGGACAGCCAGUGGCUGGAGCUAUCCAGCACCAAAGGCAAAUGCACCAACCCCAAGAUCACCCAUAUCAAUCCAGUGACGGGCCCUCGGGAAGGAGGGACCAAAGUGACCAUCCGUGGGGAAAAUCUGGGGCUGGAGUUCAGAGAUAUCGCGUCUCAUGUCAAAGUGGCUGGAGUGGAGUGCAAACCAUUGGCAGAAGGGUACAUCCCUGCAGAGCAGAUAGUGUGUGAGAUGGGGGAGGCCAAGCCCAGCCAGCACGCUGGAUUCGUAGAGAUCUGUGUGGCUGAGUGUAAGCCGGAGUUCAUGGCCAGGUCUUCACAGUUCUACUAUUUCAUGACUCUGACACUCUCAGAUCUCAAGCCGAAGCGGGGCCCGGUGUCGGGGGGCACUCAGGUGACGAUCACAGGCAACAACCUCAACGCAGGCAGCAAUGUCAUCGUGACAUUUGGGCGGCAACCCUGCCUCUUCUACAGGAGGUCCACCAAGCACAUUGUGUGUAACACCACUGCUUCAGACGAAGGCUUUGAGAAAGUGAAGGUGUCUGUGAGAGUGGACAAGGCCAAGAUCCAUCAGGAGCUUCAGUAUGAAUAUGUAGAGGAUCCAACCAUCCUGAGGAUCGAACCUGAGUGGAGCAUCUUCAGUGGCAACACACCUAUUGCAGUGUGGGGAACUCACCUAGACCUGAUCCAAAACCCUCAGAUCCGAGCGAAGCACGGAGGGAAAGAACACAUCAACAACUGUGAGGUGCAGAACUCCACAGAGAUGACCUGCCAAGCUCCAGCACUGGCUGUUGAUCCCAAUCACCAAUCUGAGCUAGCUGAGCGUCCAGAGGAGUUUGGCUUCAUUCUAGACAAUGUGCAGUCCUUGCUGAUCCUCAACAAAACCAACUUCACCUACUAUCCAAAUCCAGUCUUUGAGGUUUUCAACCCCUCAGGGAUACUGGAGCUGAAGCCAGGAAGUCCCAUUAUACUGAAGGGCAAGAACUUGAUCCCACCAGUGGCAGGAGGGAAUGCCAAGCUGAACUACACCGUCCUAGUUGGUGAGAAGCCCUGUGUGGUGACCGUAUCAGAUGUGCAGCUCCUUUGUGAGUCCCCAAACCUCAUCGGACGGCACAAGGUGAUGGCUCGAGUAGGAGGAAUGGAGUUCUCCCCAGGGAUGGUCUACAUCUCUCCAGACAGCCUUCUCAGCUUACCAGCUAUCGUCAGCAUUGCUGUGGCUGGUGGCCUGCUCAUCAUCUUCAUCGUGGCUGUGCUGAUUGCAUACAAACGCAAGUCCCGAGAAAGCGACCUGACCCUCAAGCGUCUGCAGAUGCAGAUGGACAACCUGGAGUCCAGGGUUGCAUUGGAGUGCAAAGAAGCUUUUGCAGAGCUGCAGACGGAUAUUCACGAGCUGACAAGUGAUCUAGAUGGAGCUGGGAUCCCUUUCCUCGAUUAUCGAACUUACACCAUGAGGGUGCUUUUCCCUGGCAUUGAAGACCACCCUGUCCUGAGGGAUUUGGAGGUCCCUGGCUAUCGUCAGGAGAGGGUGGAGAAAGGUCUGAAGCUCUUUGCCCAGCUCAUCAACAACAAGGUUUUCCUGCUGUCUUUCAUCCGCACAUUGGAGUCUCAGCGCAGCUUUUCCAUGCGGGACCGCGGCAAUGUGGCCUCUCUCAUCAUGACUGUGCUGCAGAGCAAGCUCGAAUAUGCUACUGAUGUCCUCAAGCAGCUCUUGGCUGACCUCAUUGACAAAAAUCUGGAGAGCAAGAAUCACCCUAAACUGCUGCUCCGGAGGACAGAGUCUGUGGCAGAGAAAAUGCUCACCAACUGGUUCACCUUCCUUUUGUACAAGUUCCUCAAGGAAUGUGCUGGCGAACCCCUGUUCUCCCUCUUCUGUGCCAUCAAGCAGCAGAUGGAAAAGGGUCCCAUUGACUCUAUCACUGGGGAAGCCCGAUAUUCGCUGAGUGAAGACAAGCUUAUCCGACAGCAGAUUGAUUACAAGACACUGGUCCUGAGCUGUGUCAACCCUGACAAUGUGAACAGCCCUGAGAUCCCGGUGAAGAUCUUGAACUGUGACACCAUCACUCAGGUCAAAGAGAAGAUUCUGGAUGCCAUCUUCAAGAACGUGCCCUGCUCUCACCGGCCCAAAGCUGCUGAUAUGGACCUGGAGUGGAGGCAGGCAAGUGGGGCGAGGAUGAUCCUUCAGGAUGAAGACAUCACAACCAAGAUAGAGAAUGACUGGAAGAGACUCAACACGCUGGCACACUAUCAGGUGCCAGACGGAUCUGUGGUAGCUUUAGUCUCCAAGCAAGUCACUGCCUACAAUGCAGUCAACAACUCCACAGUCUCGCGGACUUCAGCUAGCAAGUACGAAAACAUGAUCCGUUAUACAGGCAGCCCAGACAGCCUCCGUUCUCGUACACCUAUGAUCACCCCUGACCUUGAGAGUGGAGUCAAAAUGUGGCAUCUGGUGAAGAACCAUGAGCAUGGUGACCAAAAGGAGGGUGACCGGGGCAGCAAGAUGGUUUCUGAGAUCUACCUGACAAGGCUACUUGCCACCAAGGGCACCCUGCAGAAGUUUGUAGAUGACCUCUUUGAAACCAUCUUCAGCACUGCUCACCGUGGCAGUGCCCUCCCCCUGGCUAUCAAAUACAUGUUUGACUUCCUGGAUGAGCAGGCUGACAAGCACAACAUCCAUGACCCUCAUGUGAGGCACACCUGGAAGAGCAAUUGCUUGCCCUUAAGGUUCUGGGUUAACAUGAUCAAGAACCCACAGUUCGUCUUUGACAUUCACAAGAACAGCAUCACAGAUGCCUGCCUCUCUGUAGUGGCUCAGACCUUCAUGGACUCCUGUUCAACCUCAGAGCACCGCCUGGGCAAAGACUCGCCCUCCAACAAGCUUCUCUAUGCCAAGGACAUCCCUAGUUACAAGAACUGGGUGGAAAGGUACUACUCAGACAUUGCCAAAAUGCCAGCAAUCAGUGACCAGGACAUGAAUGCAUACUUGGCUGAGCAGUCUCGCAUGCAUAUGAAUGAGUUCAACACGAUGAGUGCACUCUCGGAGAUAUAUUCCUACGUUGGCAAGUACAGUGAGGAGAUUCUUGGAGCCCUUGAUCAAGAUGACCAGGCUGGGAAACAGAAACUUGCCUACAAACUUGAACAAGUCAUAACUCUCAUGAGCAUAGACAGCUGAGAACUGUCCUGCCAGGGACACCCUGGGAGGGAUAAACCAAGUCGUGCCUCACUCAAGACCAUCAUCUUUACCAAGUGCAAGUUUUGAUUGGCUGGAAGCAGUCACUGAACAGCUCUCGCUCUUCUCUUUCUCUCUCUCUCAUUUCUUUCUCUUUCAAAAAUCUAUGGACAAAGUGACAAAGCCCCAGGGGUGAAAAGGAAAAGACUGCAGAGGAAUCUCGGCUCUGGGGACAUCAAGACAUUCAGGUGGAGCUCUUCUUUUUACAACUUCCCUUCUGCCCUUGGUCUAAAGAAGAACUAUUAAAACAAACAAACAAAAGCCUUCUCCCAACAUUAUGUCAUCAGUCUGCGGAUGGGAAAUCAGGAGGUCACCUCUGUCAUGCUGCUUUAACUGUCCAUCUAGGGCUGUAGCCUCUGGAGCGGACACGGAAAUGAACUCAGUAUUACUAAAAUUUUCUCUGAGGGGAACGCAGCCUGCCUGCAGGGAUCCUGGAGGGCAGGAGCAAAUGGAGAUCCUCUCCAGCAGAGCCAUGGAAACUCUAUCUCUUGAUAGCAACCCACUGGGAGAGGAAUUCAAGCCUCCCCGAAAAAUGUCACAGCCCAGUUCAGAGUGGGACCAUUGUGGCUCUUUUCUGUCUGGGCAAACAGCAGUGUAGAGCUGCUCUCUUGGGGCAGGGGAAGGGUCAAGAGGGGAGGAGGAGACCGAUGCUCCCCUGCCCACGUUUCAUAUGGUUAUUCUUAUUUUUCAAAGAAACCUGUGUUCCUCUCCAUUGUUCCCAUUGUGUCCUGUUGGUCAUAGCGCUGCAACAAAAAUGCUCUUUCUGCUCAGUGGUAUCCUGUUGGUGGUGAUUCUGUUCCCUAUGGCAAUGGACAGUGCAGCGUCUCCCUCAUCCCCACCUCAACUUCAAAAGCAAGAGACACACAUUUCAAAAUGUUCUGGAUGAGGUGCUUGACCUCAGAAACCAACCAGAGGGAUUUUUUUUUAAAGCUGUUUGUUCUUUCCCUUUUGUUUCCUGAACUGGAAUACUACUAGUGUUUCUUUUUCAUGGUGGAAUAUCAGGAGCAUACUGAAGGGCUUGUUAUGAAGCAAAGUGGUGUAUAGAACUGAUUGUAGAAGCUUCCUUCAACUCCACCACUAAGAGGAAAUAUCACACAUUUUGGAAAGAAAUCUGUGAGGAAAUUCAAAUGAAACACCCCUCAUCUUCUAUUCAGUGCCAACUUCUGGACCUUCCUUUUAUCCAUUUCUGGAACCAGCCAGCCCUGCUGAAGGUACAGCUGGUGCUUGGGAAGGAUUGCCACCUCUUUGCACUUCAGAGAUCACUGUCAUCACAGAACAAGGAUGGGUGAUUACUCCUUCUUUCCUCUGCUCAGCUCCUCCACAGCAACUACAUCUCCAUCUGUUUCAAAUCCAACUGAAUGUGAGUGAGCUCCUGCCUCUCUUCUGCAUUUGGUUGUUUUUUCCAUACAAUUGUCAAUGUGGUUCAGUGUCAUGGGAAUCUAGCAAUGCUACAGAGCCACAAGGGAUGUGGACAACCUCACUCCUGGUACAACACGGAGGCAAGAGCCAAGUGUGCAUUCGUCUCACCAGAAAUGAACUGUGCUCACUAGUAGAUGCAGGAAUGGUGUGAUGCUGUGAAGAAUCAGCCUUCAUCUGUCUUGUGUCAUCCUCAGGAGGACAGCCUGGAUCUACUUGGCAGCUGGAGGGAGGAGGGGUACAGACAGGGUGUGUAAAUUGAUUAUGGAGUGAGUGUACUAGGUUUUACUCAUGCACCUUGCUAGCAAACCAGAACUGCUGCACAGCAACUAAUCACUAGCAGAUAUGAUGGGAGACGUGGUGCAAACAGGAGUUGGUUAGGAAACAAAUUUCAUUCAGCCAAGCACAUAAACAUGUAGGGAGGUCUUUCUAAAACCACUUAAAGAACAACAGUCCAAAAUUGGGUGUUAGGGGGGAGAAUAUCACAAGAUUCAUGUUGAAACAGCAAACUUAGGGACACGUCUUGGUUUUAAAACCCCAGACAUUUCUCUCUUGAUUAUAAUUAUUAUUUUGUGUGUGUGUGUGUGCGUGUGCGUGUGCGUAUUCGUGUGUGUGUGCGUCGUUUCCUUUUUAGUUUUGCUUGCUUUCUGUUUUGAUUGCUGAGCUGAUGGACUUAUCAUGCACCUUAUGGACAUCUCAGCAUUUUUGAGAGGCCUGCACACUGGGGCUGAUUUGGGUUCAAUUGGUUCUGCCAUGGUUUUGUUGAUUCAUUUAAUAGUGUUGGCGCAUGUUCCAGAUCCAUUGAUUAUGGCUGUGAAAGUGGGGUGGAAGUCCCACCAGAGCCAGUGAUAAGAAAAUUACAACAACAACACAAACACAAUAUUUUUUAUAAGUACAUAAAAGGAAAAUUAAAAAAAAAAAAAAAAAAAAAAAAGAAACCAAAGGUUUUGACAAACAAAGUGCCACAAAUGAUAAAUACGGACCCUAUUGUCAUGCCUUGUACACACAGCUGGAUGGUAGGAGUUUAAGGGCAAAUAGCUGGCUUGGAGGGAAGUGGUUAUGAGUGAUGGGCUACACUUUCAUGUGCACAUGAAAGGCAGAAGAAGCUGUUAAAAAAAUUAAAAUAAAAUAAAAAGAAGAGGGUAUUAAGCUGGUGUAAUCCUGCACUGUUACAGAUGUCAGAGGAACACCACAGGGGAAAUCUGAGACUCACUCUGCUUAUUUUUAGUGUUUUCAGGGCUGUUUUUUUAUGAUGAUGAUGAUGAUGAUUGUUUUCCAUUGUUAUUAUUUUAUUUCUUCUUGCUGGUACGGAGUUUUUCAACUGUAAAAUAUAUAUAUAUAUAUUUCAAGAAAAACUUGAACACCUCAGAGACAUUGAGAAUGAAACACUUAUGGGAAAUGGGAAGCACUAUGAGGUGGAUAUCUUAUCCCUUCCCAAGCUCCCAUUUAGGCAUUUCCUUUUUCUCCCCACCCUCUUCUCUCGUCUGUCCCCAGAAUUUGAAAGAAAAUCUGUAUUUUGAUUUUCUUUCUUCUCCUCUGUGGGGUCUUUUUUUUUUUUUUUUUUUUUUUUUUUGUGUAUGUGUUCGAGCUGAUUUUGGUUUUUGCUUGGAAAAUGUGCCAGAAUUGUGAUGAUGUAAAUGCAUAGGCUUCCUGCCCUGUCCCCUUCUGUGCCCUCCCCAUUCCAGACGUUGUUGCAGCCCCCCGCCCCAAGUCUACAAGAGAUCUUGGCAUCUUUCAUCUCAGCCUCACUUGUUAAGCUAAUUAUUUUUGUAAGAAGUGCAUGUAAAAUACGAUUAAAAACAAAGAUGCAAGCAGGAGAAGAAUUAUCACUGCUAUGACGUGGAUGAAUUCUUUUCCCCUUCCUUUGCCUUGUUUCCCCCCAAUCCUCUCUUUUUCACACUUGACCAGAAGUGCCCAAUGUAAGUGGUAUUUCACAUAAUUUUUCAAACCAUGCAGAGAGAACUGGAGCCAAAGUCCCUAGAAUUCAAUAGACAAGCUCCUAACUCACAUAAUAUGCCAGAUAAUGUGCUGAUCUUUAAGGAUAUUUCUCAAAAACUGCAAUCAAGAUAAUGAAAGCUGACACUUGCAGCACCAUCAGGAAUGGGGACCACUGUACGUGGUCCUAUUGAAAGAGCUAGGAUUAUUUCUUCACUGUAGAGUUUGCUCUGGGAAUUUGCAUCUGGGUUAGAGGAACAAAAGGCGGACAGCCACUCUGCAAACAUACAGUGUCCUCCCUGGGAGUAUAUUCACCCAUCAAUGUCAAAAUGAGAUCUGAGGCAUAAUCCAUCAUUUCACCUGCUGUCACAGACUGAGCCUUCCAGUAAAAGGAGUUAUGGGAAAAGUUGGAUAUUUAUCUGCAGGAAGAUGCUAGAAAUUCUUAGCACUUGUAUAGACAGCACAUUAGAACUGUGGAAAAGGAGAAAUACACAACUUAAGGGCACCCUCCUUAGGGUGCAUAGGGGCUAUACCAAUUUUCAGCAGAUAUCGUUUCACCACUGUGGUUUUCUUAUAUCGCUCUUGCACUGGAGCUUAUAAAAAAUCUUAUGACCUAAUGAAGAUUUAUCAGUAAACCAUUGGUGAAUGUUUGUUUUAAUCAAAAAGCCACUGCUGAAAUUCUCAGAACUUAUGCACAGGCACCAAAAUUGUCAGCUUUUAUGCACAGACACACAAGGAAGUUAUUACCAUGAGGAGAAAGAGACCAAAUAAAUCAUAUUGCUGUCAUUACAAUUUCUAAUAAUGAUAUCGACAACUGAUAGAUGAUAUUUUAAAAAUCCGUCGGCCACUCUCACUGUGUGGUCAGUCAACACAAAGAUUACAUAGCAAUCCAAGCACUAAGCAGCUAUUAUCAAGAAAAUGAUUCAAGAGUACGCCAAAACACAAAAUGUACAUCUGCCCUUUGGCUUUUGUGAAGGGCUACAAAAAGAAACCAUGAGCAAGACUUCCACAGGGAGUCUGGAAACCUGAAAAGAUUGAGUCCUGUAGCCGCUUACUGUGGGGCAUAUGAAGCUCCAUGAAGUAGAGGGACAUGUGCUGUCAAAAUAAAAGACUGGGCUACUGGAGACGAUCUAUACUCCUCUCCCACAUAGCCAAGGCUUCCAUAAGACAAAUCAUGUUUUACCCCUCCUAGGAGCAUGCAGGAGAAUAACUCACUGAAGUAUCUGCCUCUUAUAGCCUGGAGAGCUUCCUUGGUGCUGUAAAAGAGAUGAGAAAGGAAGAAAACUUGUCCUGUUUCCCAAACUGAUAUGGCAGGCUUUAGUAUGCAAGAGGUAAGGUCUUCCACAGAAGUCUGGUGCUUUCUGUGUGAGCAGUGUCCACUGAUGGUGGGGAAGAUGCUUCAUCCGGAUAAGCACUUGCCAGUAGCCUUACCAGUCCCAACAAGGCAUUCUUGGUCCCUUUCUUCUUCUUGGUUCAGCAUGUGGCCAAAAGAGUCAGAGAGAGGGCAAUGGAUAGAAACAUGCAUGUUGUCCCAUCAAAUUUUUGUUGGUUUUGGAUGUCUUACUAAGACUAUCCAGAGAGUCUCAGUCUGCAUAUCUCCCAGCCGUGGAUGAGAAUGUAAGUACAAAAAUCCAGCUCUCAAACAAGUACUGUCCUCUGAAGUCCUCAGGGCCUCUCCAUUCCUACAAUGACCAGGGGAGCCCAGGAAAUGGAGCUCCCUCUCCAAGCUAGGCAGCUACAAUCGUUUAUACAGUAGAUCAUUUUUUGAUGUUGGCAGAGACUUCACCUUGGCAACUGCUAGUUAAAGAAGAUCUGGAAUAGCCUUCGUGAUGCCAGUACAAUUUUUUCUGUGCAUUUGAUGAGCAGUAGGUUUGUCCUCUGGGGCAGGUGGAGGUCUGGGGCUAUUCUAGCUCUUGUGGUCCUAGCUUGGUGUGCUGAGGAGCAGCACUUUUCCUAAAACUGAUGAAGUGAGUGAGCCUCCAUGUUAUCGUGUGAACCUCAGUCUCCUUGCCAUUUUUAGCCUGAGUUUUUCCAUUUUACACCCGAUGCCAUCUCCAUCUCUGAAUAGUGUUGGGUCCUUGUAGCCUUGCAUUUUUUCCCCACCACUGCCAUUGUGCAAUGUCCCUUCCCCUUGGAAAGUUGUGUUCUGUCUUAUAUGGGACAACCAUCAUGCAGAGGACACUUUGAAACUGGAGCUGGCCAGCCAUGGGACACCUCAGUUCUCUGCACUGUUAGAGAAGUAUCCAAGGGGAAACAGGCUUACAAGGAACUAAUUUCCAGAAGGAUGUCAAAAAAUAAAAAAAGAUUCACGCAUGGAAAAAAUGAAACCACCAAAACAAACAAAAAAAAAAAAUCUCUACCAUCCUGGUGAGGAUAUAAAGCUAUUUAAUCUAACCAACUAGUCAUGUGUGUGUUUUUUGUUGCUGUCAUUGUUGUUUGUCCACUGAUGCUUUUUUCUUUUACUUUUUUUUUAUUUUUCUGUUCUGGAAAUAGAGAGUUUACCUCAUUUUUUUUUUUCCAUUUGGAAACAGAUCACCUCAAAGACAUUCAUAGCAGAGAGCAGUGUGUAGGGAAGCUCAGUAAAGGGAAUCUGGGUGUGCAGAACAGCGGAAAGAUGUAGGAGAUUUUGCUUCCCUUCUCUUGACAGUGUAGUGUGGUGGGACUCCUCAACUCCAAGGACAGCAUCUCCCAGCAGAAGCGAUUGCUCUUUACUUUCAGACAGACUGAGUCACAAAGAGCCAGCUGAAGAAAUCAAGGCAUAUGUCUGAGCUUACAGUCCUUCCUGAAAGCCACUUUUUUCCAGCUGGCUCCACCACAUUAGACCAUACGAGACGUCAUUGCCCAGUCUGCUUCUAGAUGGUUGGAGCAGUGUCCAGAUGGAUUAAGGGAAUACUUUAGAGAAACUUAGUGUUACUUAAAAUUUAUUUGCUGCUGUUUUUCCAGUCCCUGGAGCAAAUCAACUUUCUAGCUCAGAGUGGUCUGCAGAAACAGAGACUAGGUGCUAGCUAAAUGGUCCCAGCAUUUUCCCCAAGAACACAAGAGGCAACUGGAUUAUUUAAAGCCACAAGACAGGCCCCUCCUAGUGUCUGACCCUGUGUCUUGGACAUACACAUGAGCCCAGAAGUCUCAUUCUCUGUUUUGCUAAAAAUUCCAUCCUACAUACAAAAUCAGUGUAAAGACAUAUCCUUCACUACAGUGUUACUAAUAGCCUCAAAGAGAUGUCAAGACAGCAUUAGAAAGGAGGUUGGGAUCCUUUUCUUUUAGGUUGUUGUUGUUGUUGGUUUGAUUUUUCUUUUGAAUUGAUCCUAGUUAAAAAAAAUAAAUAAAAUCUAUACUAUUUAAAUUGGAA